AUGGAGCCCGCGUCGCCGAUUCCGCCAUGGGUAGAAAAGCCAGAGGAGUGCAGGUGGUUCUACGGCGACGAGCGACCGCUCCCAGCGAAGCUGUGGUCUCUCCAGAACAUGUGGUAUGAAGGCGAGAUCGGCCCGGACACGCUGGUGUGGACGGAGGGCAUGGGGAGACGAACGAGAGUCCGCGAUAUGCCGACUCUGCUCGGCAUCCUCCGGGGCGAUGAGGACGAGCCCACGGGUCUCGACCAGUUGCUCGCCGACGCGGCCGACGCAGACCACGAACGCGUCGCCGACGGCGCGACUACGUCCUUCGGCGAUGAAGCGCUUCUCGACGCCGAACUGGGCAGCGGAUCCUCUUCCUGGGAGCUGAACGGGGGCAGACAGAGGGCAGCAGCCGCAGCCGCGGCGGCGGGAAGAAGUUCCCCGGCGCUGGUGCUGACCCUGUUGAGGGAGCUGCAGGCGACGCAGGAACGGUGCGCGAAGCACGAGGCGCGGGAGAUGGCGCUGGCGAGGGAGGAGGCGCAGGCGCGCGAGCUCGUCAGGGAGCUGAGGGCGUUGGCCGUGGAGGCGAGGGAGGCGAGGCGAGGUUUGGCGUCGUCGCCGUUUGACCUCGCGCGACUCGCGGGGGACGCCAGCUUUGGGGACGCCGGGACGGUCGCGAGCCUCCUAGCGGCGAACGAUGCGAUGGACGGGGGUGAGUGCGCGUGGGCUGGCGGAUCCGAGGGGGCGCCGGAGGAGGCGGCGGUGCGUGGGAGGGCGUCGCGGAGGCGACCGGCUGCGAAAGCGGAUGGGGACUCGUCAUCCGCGGCGGCGGCGGCGGCGGCGAGGAGGAGGAGGUCCGGCGAUGGAAGGCGCGCCUCGGGGCCUGGGGUGGGCACGGUCACGGUCGUGCGGUUGAGGAGAAAGAAGGAUGCGGAGCUCCCGAGGCCGGAGUGGCAGACCUGA